AUGGUGGCCACGCGGGACACUCUUCUGGGCGUUUCCGAUGAGGAAAUUGACACGCCUGACCUGGACAGGGCAGAGCUUGUGGGAACACCACCCACGAGGAAGGGGCGCCAGCAGGGGCCUGGCGGACGCCAUGGAAAGAUUCCUUCCAAGGAGCCAGGAGGUGGAAGGGGCGGAAAGAGGCGAAACAGAGAUCGCUCAAAGGCAGAGAGGCAGAAGGGGCGCUUGGAUGCUCGGGCUUUCAAGGAGCUCGACACCACGCUGCAAGUGCUGGGCAUAGAUGGCGUAACCAAGAUGCCCCAGCUGCGCGUGACGAGAUCCCCCCAUGCACCGGAGGUGGCGGAGUGCCCCCCCUCGGGGACCCCUCACCGCUCAGCCUCAGGCACCUGGUCUCCCCACCGCUCCGCAUCUGGCGUCUGGUCCCCCCGCAUGGGCCGCACCACCUCCGAAGCCGGCGCUAGCGAUGUGAGCCUGGACAGCCGGGAGAGCCAGCUGGACCGGACGCGGUCGCGGCGUGGCAGCCUGCCCCCGCUGCACCCGUCGGCGCAGGGGCAGCCGCUCACGCCGCCCUCCUUCCGCCACGUCCUGCAGCAGUCCACCCGCGGUGCGCUGUCAGCGUACAGGGCGUCGGGGUCGCUGGAGAGGAUGGAGGAGCAGGCUAUCGCGCGUCUGCAGACCGAGCGCAGAGUGUGGCAUGCCGACUUGGACCACUUGCUCGAGGGGGACUUUGCUCGCGAAGACCUUGAACUCGCCAUCCACCUCGCCAGGACGAAGGCGAGCGACCUGAAGGAGCAGCUGCGGUGGUGGCUGAAGCCGCCGGAGCCGACGUGGGCGUCGCGCGAGCAGCGGCUGGAUUGGCUGGGCGCCUCUCUGGAGGAGGCCCGCGACAUCGCGCGCGGCCUGCAGCAGCACGGCGCCCUCCACGGCGACCCCAAUUACAUCGCCACCUACAUCUUCAUCGUCAAGGACAUUGUACUGGAGUUCCGCGGCGUGUCUUGCGUGAUAGGAGACGCGGUGUCUGGCGCCAUGCGGCACAUGAAGCCGGGCGAUCAGGAAACCAAGCGUGCCUACAAAUGCGCCCACCGCUGCGUGGACCUCAUCUACGAGCUCACCACCCGGUUGAGGAGCCUGGAGAGGUUGAUGCCAGAGGAAGGACUGGGGCCGGCAGCCACAUCCGACCUGGGGACAUGCGCGGGAGAGGUGGUCAUGGCUUCCCUGCAUGCUGCCACGAAACUGCAGGACCUUCUGCUCUCCUCUAGCGCCUUUGGCUUCGGCACUGGGGACGGUCCCAUCGUGUAUGGGCAUGAGCUGCAGAACCAUGCGCGCAUGCUGCAGAGCGUGUGGAUGGCAUGCGGCUUGCUCGUCACCAACGUGACCGAGCACUGGGCCGACCAACGCUCGCAAUUGCACUGUGAGUGGUGCAAGCUGUUCCUCCGGGCUGCCGCAGCAGCGGAUGCCAUGCAAGGUUCCCUGCGACGGGCCUCCACUGAGGAGAUGUCCGAGCUGGACAGCAUGGAGACCCCCUCAGCGAGCUCUGGAGUGUGGGGCAGCAACCGCUGCUUCGAUGGUCCAAAGGGCGGCGCUGUGACCGACGAGGACCUGCAGGCGCAGGCCUGGUUGCCCACCUGCCUCAUGUCCAUGCUGGUGGAGGCAGAGAAGGCGGCGGAAGCGACGCUGACCUGGGAGGGGGCCAUGGAUGACUACGAGGGCGGGGGGACCCCCGAGGAGGGGAGGUCCCACCAGGGGCCCCCUGGCGGCGAGGGCGCAGGCAUCGCCCUCGUAGACGCGCUCAGCGAGGCCAUGUAUGACCUGGCGCACACCGGCGCCAAGCGCGUGGCCGGGCUGUGCACCAGCCCGACCGAGCUCGCCUGCUGGGCGCUGGAACUUCUGGAGGAGCAGGCCUGCACGGCGGUGGUGUUUGUGAGGGACCUGGACCGGGGGAUCCUGGGUCGGGGGGCGCACGGCCUGGAGCACUUUGAGAGGCUGCGCCGCAGCACCGACCUGCUCGUCAACGGCAUCCUGCGCGUGCGGCGGCUGCUCAAGCAGAAGCGCGCAGCCGACGCUGACGAGCCAUUGCCGCCGCUGCCGCCGUCGCAGCCGCUGUCGCGGUACGAGUCGACGUCCUCACUGGCCUCGGACUGGACCUCGCUCUCAAACACGACUUAUUCUGCGACGACCGCAUCGGGGACAAACUUGCGGCCGCUACCGUCCAGCAUCCACACGCCGCGCUACGCCAGCCCCGCCCUUGCAGCCUUCAGACCGGAGCCAGUGGGGGCGAGGCCGCAGCAGACGCAGACGGCGCCGCCAGUGCUGGAGGUGCCACAGCCACGGACGCCACCGCAGGCUCAGCCGCAGAUAUAUCCCUCCACGCUCCCGCACACGCGCUCCAGCCCGCCGCCGCCCAACCCAGACCCAUGGACCGUCCGGCCACCCCCGGCGGCCGUUGUCCCCCGUCCGGCGGCCGUUGUCCCCCGUCCGGCGGCCGCCAGCGCCGCCGUAGCGAUCCCCAUACCGCAGCAGCAGCAGCAAGCAUCCGCGCUGCCGGCGCACAGCGUGUGGGGCCGCGCGGCGUCCAGCCGCCGGGCGGCCGGCUCCGAGUCCGUGUCGGCGGUAUCCGAGGCCGGCAGCUCCCCCAGCGGUGACGAUGCGGCAGCCACGGCUGUGGCAGCAGCCGCCGAUCGACUCCGCCUCGAGCGGUUUGCCGAGGGCUAUCCCGCAGCCCCCGGGACGGCCACGGCGGCGUCCUCCCGGUCGAGCUCACCCGCCACAGACGCGUCUCUCCGCGUCGCGUCAAGGUCGCCCAGCUUUGUCUUCGCACCGCCGGCCAUUGCCAAGAACCAGCUGGUGGGCAGCCCGCAGCAUUUUCCGCAGAUGCGGCGGCCGGCCGUCACGGCGCAGCCAGCUGCAAGCGCUCCGUCAGCCGUGGCCCGGCCGGCUGCCGCGCCCAAGCCGAGCCCCUCGCAGCAGGCCAGCUUCCGCGGCUGGGCGAAGCUGUUUCCCGAGCCCGCGCCCAUCACCUCGUCCCCGACCACUGCGGAGGACGUCGUCGCCGCCAAGUUUCUCGAGGCAACGUCUCAGCAGCAGCAGCGGCCACCCGCAGCAAAGACCGCGCCGCCCGCAUUGCCGUUCACGGCGGCGCCGCUGGCCUCGCCAUUUGCGGCGCCCGGCAUGGUGGUGCCGCUGGCGUCGCCAUUCGCACCGGCUGCGGAGGCUGCACCGCGGGCGAUAUCUAUCCCGGCCCCGCUCGCGUCGCCAUUUGACAUGCCAACGCUGCAGGCGGCCAGCGCCUCCGAUAGUCCAGCAUUUCAGUCCGCGCCGGAGGCGCCCAGCAGCUCGCUCGGGUCUCUGUCACACGGACCCUCCAGCCGCGAGCAGCAGGAGGCAAGCCCCGCCAGCUCAGCGCAACCGUCCUCCUCCGUGGGACAUGCGCGCACCGACCACGACCGGCAUAAGGAGCAUCGGCCAUCGUCGGGCGGAUGGAAGACAAAGUUCAGCCGCCGCAGCCGCAAGGAGGGGCCUCCAAGGGAGCAGCCGCCAGAGGCAAGCAAGGUGAGGUCACCUAGCGAGCAGGUCGAGGAGGAGGAGAUGCACGGCAGGAAGGGCGGCCGGCACGGCCGGCACAAGUCCAGGCGCAGCAGCUUGAAGGAGAUGUUCAGGGGGUCCAGCAGCCAUGAGAACGGUAAGGAGCCCGAGAGGCUGCCAGAGGUGGAGGAAGCAGCGGAGUUGGCACUGCCGGAGCCGGCAGUAGUGACGCCGCCCAAGGGGGUGCUGGCGCGCUUCAAGGACGCCUUCACGGGCGCCUCACACACCGUGGGGCCGCUCGGCCCCUUCGACUCGGCCGCCGCUGCGGCCGCGCGGCAGAUGGGCCGGCUGCGCCACGCGGCGCGGCCGGUGCAGGAAGCUGCGGGGCACCUGACACUGUCGCGCGACAUGCGUGAGGACGAGGCCUGGGGGAAGGCCCCUGCGGCGGAGGAGGGAACGCAGCGGGAGGACAAGCGCGGCGGCCGGCGCAAGAGCCGCCACCGGGAUCGCGGACGGCCGGGCCGGGGAGAUCGCGGCAGAGGCCGGGGGUCGUCCCGGGACGGCGGCCGCGGCGGCCAGCCGCCAACGAUCGAGGCGCUGGCGAAGCGCAACGGCCUGAUCAUGCCAUGGGAGGGCGACCCGUUCUGGGAGAUCGACUGGAAGGACCUGCAGAGGAACCUGGUGAGGAAGCUGGGCAAUGGCAGCUUUGGGCAGGUCUAUGAGGCCUACUACCACUCGGCGCCCAUGGCUGUCAAGAUCAUUAAAAUUGACAACGACGAAGAGAACAUCAAGUUCAAGAUCAUGCGCUUUAAGGAGGAGGUGGACCUGCAGCGCCGCCUGAGCCUGCACCCCAACAUCGUGCGAUUCCUGGGCGCAUGCUUCUCCCUCUCCAGUGGCGGCCCCCUCCCGGAAGCGCUCACCUUCGACGAUGCCCUCGCCCAGCAGAGCAUCACCCUGGCGAUAGUGAUGGAGCUGUGCCGCUAUGGCACCCUGUACAAGAUCAUAGAGUACGCGCGGCGAGUCUCCUACAUGCCCGCGGAUGUGCGCAGCGGCCGCAUCAACCCACGCAACGCUGAGGAGACCAAGCUCAAGGCAAGCCUCUCCCUCUCUGCGCCUCCCAGCCUUUGGGCGGGCCUCGGGUGGAAAUUAUACCAAAACUGGACCACUCGCUUGGAGCUGGCCAAGCAGGCAGCGGCCGGGCUCGCCUACAUGCACGCCCAGAACAUCGUGCAUCGGGACCUGACCAGCUACAACCUGCUGGUAACGGAGAAGUGGGAGUGCAAGCUGGCGGACUUCAACCUGUCGCGCGCGAUCAAAGAGACCUCCAUCCCCCACUCCGGCCAGAUCAACUCCCCCGAGUGGUCCGCGCCCGAGCGACUCUCCGGCCAGGCUUACGGCAAGGCGGCAGACGUGUUCUCGUUCGGGGUGGUUCUGUGGGAAUUGGUGACUCUAAUGAUCCCGUGGCGCCACGAUGACAAGGACUUUCCCAACGGGGGGACUGCCAUCAACGGGGGGGACCAGCACUUCCGGGACCCCACCCUGUACGUCAUCAAUUGCGUGCCCAAGGGCGACCGCCUCGACCUGCCCGCUGCCCAGGACAUCAAGCCCCCGCUGCCAGAACUGCCCAGGGUGUUGGAGCUGGUGCAGCAGUGCUGGGCGCAGGACCCGGCGGCGCGGCCGCACAUGGCAGAAGUUGCGGUGAAUCUCGACGCCAUGCUGGCAGCCGUGCGCGAACGCACGCGCGCCGAGAGAGCACACAGAGCCUGA